AUGACGAGAGCUCGAGGUGGCCAAGGGGAGAACCGCCGCACGCGACCUCUUCCUCUUGCGCCCUCACCGCUCACCGCUUCACACCGCUCAGACUGGCUCAGCAGUGACAUACACAGCUACAUAGAAACUGCAGCUACAACCUACAACAACCCGCACCGCCCACGGAGCAGUACCAGCCCCGAAUCUCUCCCACGCAUACUCCAUCUCCCCAACGACCCCCGAACAGCCCUCUCGCGCGCCAUGAGCUCGUACGGCCUCUCCGUUCUCCCCUCGCUGAGCUCUCCUCGCCGACCCUCAUCCGUCCCCUCCUCGCCGCUCCUCUCGCACCCACACUCCUCCUCCGCCUCGUCUUUCUUCUCGCCUCCCGAACGCACAAUCUCCCCCAUCGCCGGAACGAGCGACAACGAAGACGACGACGCGCGCGGCGGUUCGAGGCGCGACUCGAGUUCCAGCUCGUCGUCGGACGAAGACAGGGCGCGCGUGAUGGGGCCGGACCUUUCGCGCCUCACGCCCCGCUCGGCUGUCCCUUCCUCACCUAAGCGUGCGCCUGGUCCGUCCGCUCCGAGCUUCACACGCUCAACCUCGUCGCCGGACCCGAACACCUCCGCCUCGGCGCAGGAAGACUCGGACGACGACUCCGAAGCGCCCAUCACGCCUCUCCCGCGCUCGCUCCCCCGUCCAAAGACCAAGCUCGACCGCGAGAGGGAACGCGCGAAUGGGUUUAGUUCCGGAGGACAGAAGCGCGAGGGGUUGGGGACAAAGUUGGCGCGCAAGAGGGCUGACUCGCUCAAGUGGGCCAAGUAUGCGAACGUCGGGACGUUCCAGGUCGAGCUUGGGUUGAGCAACGACGAGUUGAGGAGGUCGUGA